AUGAAGAUCGCAACCGUCUCCCUCUUUGCCGCAGGAAUUGCGUCCACGGGCGUGGUCGCAGCACCUGCUCCUAUGCAAGUGCCUGGUACCUCUCCGAAUCUUGCCAAACGAGGUCUCUGGUUUCGAGAUGAGUGCUUCCCUGAGUCUGGUGGCAACACCAUUGGCGGGAGCACGCUUUGGAUGCUGCGCAACACUUGGAAUAAUCGCUUUAGUGGCGAUUUUGGCGGAAGCCUUGGGGCACGUUUAUCGCUACAUUUAUGGAAAUUCCAUCUAACACGGCUUGCCAGGUCUACCAAUACAAAGGCGUGUGUUGUUGGGGACAGUGUCUGUUCGUAUCGUCCGAAGGGCAAGCACGAUGCGGUAACUCUAGGAGGCCCAACUGUUGGCCAGGUGUUCGGAGACACUUGUGCAGUUGAUAUGUGGAUGCAAUGGACCAAGACUGUAAGAGACCACGCAUGCCAAAAUUCCUCAGAAGCACUAGGUCGAAACAAACUACGGUCAGUCACAUGA